UCCAGCUGCUGGGAAUGUCUCCACUCUGGUGGAGAAACUUCUCAUCAUUCAUCAGUCAGCGCUCACCGAAGCUGGAAGCGACUUCAGUUCGAAAGCUAGUGGAGCAUCAUCCGAGGCGUCAUCACAUGACUAGCCACUCCUGCUUCUGCAGUUGUUCAGUUGCUUUGUUCCUUGCAGUUGAUGGCUUCCUCCUUGGACUCCGCAGCACCACAUGCCCUCUGGACAACCAUCAACACUCACGUCACACAUGCUGAAGAGCUGCUGCUGCUGCUCUCGCUUCCAGUCCAACAUGACUCUUUUAUCCAGGUGGAGCCCAGUUGCGUGGAUGGCGGUCAUCUUCAUGUGGGGCCAUUUCUCAGACGGAUCCCUCGACCUUCUGUCCAGGCAAGAUCGGUUGCUUCUGAAGGAGGAAGACAGCCCCAAGUGUUUCACGCGAACAGAGGACGACUUCACUUGCUUCGUGGAGACGGAAGACAACGGCACCUACGACAUGUUCUACAGUUUUCACACAACUUCAGCCAUGAAAAGAUGUGAGACGUCCACAUGGCGGACAGAAGACUUGACUUUCCUGCACGUCUGCUCCUUCCCAGCGUCGGACGUCCACUCUUUUGUGGACACCAUCGUGAAGGUGGUGGAUUCAAAGGUCAACCGAACCAUCUACAGCCGCACCGUCUCUGUGGAGGAUCACUUUCUCCUGAACCCACCACUCAAUGUCACCCUGCAUCCGACCGACCAGGUUGGUCAGCUGCUGGUGUCAUGGCACCAGUCUGUUCCCACGUAUUGGGAGGAGAAGGAGCGUUUCAGGAUCAGGCACUGCUCAGAGGGUCUCGGGGAGCAGAUGAAGGAGGGAAGCAAGAGUGGAGACGACACUGUGAUCACGUUGGUACCAGGUGACGUGGUGCGUGUCCAGGUCUCAGUCAAGUGUGGGUACAACGAGAAAGCAGGACACUGGAGCAGCUGGUCGCCGGCUGUGCAAGCUGUUGCCCCACAAAGUGGCGAGGAGGUUUCGCUUGUUUGCUUCACGGCUGACCUGCAGGUGGUGACCUGUCAGUGGAGCAGCAGCAGUUUGGGAAACAGCAGCCAGAUGUUUUACAAGAUGCAUCUGAGUGAAACGGUGAGCUGGACCGCCUGGACCCAGUGCCUGACCGAGGGCCACGUGGCUGACAGGUGCACUUUUCGCGCAGCUCACUCCAUGAAGGUCAAAGUCAGAAUCCUCAGUCACUUCAACCAACUGGUCCGAACCUUCUACACGCCAGAGUUCGCCCUGCAGAGCAGCAUCAGAACUUCGCCACCAGCUCAGUUGAAGGUGGCGUCAGAGGAAGGGAAGCUGUGUCUGAAAUGGAACGCACCAAACCUGUCAGUGGCGGCUCAUCUGUUGUAUGAAGUGGCUCAGCAGACCGGGGGCCAGUCGGAGGCCUGGACGACGUCCUCCCUGGUGGGUCCUUCAACUGAGAUGUGUCUGGAGGUUCCAGCUGGGACUCACUACAGAGUGAGAGUCAGAGCCAAACCGGACGACGACUCUGUUUACUCUGGCCACUGGAGCGACUGGUCAGACGAGCUGAGUGGAGACACGCCGCCUGGAACAGACACCGCUGUGAUGAUGAGCAUCCCAGUCAUGUUGCUGCUGGUGGCUGUCAUCCUCUUCGCACUGUUCCCUUCGUACUUAAACAAAGUCAAGGAAUAUUUCUGGCCUCCGGUGCCCAACCUGGACAAAGUCCUUCAGAGCUUUCUGACGGAGAUCGACAACCAAAAAUGGGAGCUGUCGGUCACCGCGAAGCAGUGCCCUGAGGAAACGUCCCCCUCCGUGGUGGAGGUGAUGUCCAGCGAUGAGACCUCAGAGCCUCCCAGCAUCUCCUCCAGUGAGGAGCAGCUGGAGCUCAGCCCAGCUGAGGGACUGUUUCCCGAGUAUGUGACCCUGAACCGAGACAGUCUCAGCCUUUGCCCCGUCAGGAACAAGUACAUCUGCGAACAGCCGGCGGAGAAGAGAGGACCAGAGAUAGACGGCGAGUGUCCUGAGGAGACGAGUCCCUGCACCGACACACCCAGCACCAACUUCCUCAACCACUCGUACCUGGCUCUCGCUGAAGCUGCAGGUGGACUCAGCGCUGCGCCCAGUCAAAACCUCUAUACAAACCUGUGAACUGCAACCAGUGAGCAGAUGAGAUCAGCUGAAGAAGCAGAAGUCACCGGGGAGGAAAUGAGGAAGAAACCAGAGAGAAGGUGAAGUCACCUACAAGAGCACAACAGAGGGGUCAGGUGUACCUCCCUGAUGGAUUUGACAAGCAAAGAAAGGGUGGUUUUAGAGAGCAGACGAUCAAUCCCUAAUGAGUGGCCUCUGGGAGGCGACUCUGGUUUCCUCCCACUGGUCAAAAACAGAGAAAAUGAAUGGAAGACUAGUGUCCCCCAGCCCUCGACUGCUAAGCAUUUAGAGGACUGUACAGCCAGUGCUGUCCACUAGAGGGAGCUGUAUAACAAGAUAAUGUCGUCUAUGUCGCAUGGACUGUUUCUGCAUGUGAUUUUCGUUUGUUGCUACACGUUGUUUCCUGUAUAUUGUAUAUAUAUUAAUGGUUCGAGUGAAAAGUGAUUGUAAACACUGUUGACUACAUACAUUCGUACUCUUCCAUAUUUAUACUCGUGAUUGAAGGUUUCUUUUUUGUACUUCAGU